AGUUGGUCAGGUGGUUGUAGUUCGAUUCUGUGGGCAGUAGACUUGUGGGGGCAAGUUGACUCUCUUUUUCUCUCUCUCUAAGAACAAUAUGGCGGCAAGGUUUCUCUUAUGCAUCAUUUUGUUGUUUCUUCUAGGAAGUUGUAUAGAAAGUAUUUCUCCCCACCACCAACGACCUGCAGAGAGGCUCUUUGUGUUUGGUGAUUCAUAUGCAGACACAGGGAACAUAGCUAGGGGGCUGGCCAACUGUUGGAAGCCUCCCUAUGGCUCGACCUUCCCCGGGAAACCGGCCGGCAGGUUUUCCGAUGGCCGAGUUAUCACCGACUUCAUUGCUACCUUCUUAGGCGUUCCAUCUCCGGUUCCUUACAGAUUGAGACGAGUCGCGGGGCACCGAGGGAGUUACGGCAUAAAUUUUGCUUACAGUGGGACUGGCGUGUUCGAUACAUCUGCUCCAUUGCCGAACGUGACGACGCAGAUCGACUACUUGGAGCAGAUGAUCAAAGAAGGCUGGUACGAGAAGCGGCAGGUCCGAUCAUCCAUGGCUUUCCUCGCGCUCGCCGGCAUCGAUUAUUUGGAGUUCCUCCUGUACAAGAAUGGCACCCUCGAGGGGUUGAGAAGGUAUGUACAUUCGGUGGUGAACCAGACUGCCCUGGAUCUACGACGUCUGGGGGAAAUUGGAGUAGGAAGGAUAGGUGUGCUAGGGCUGGGUCCGAUCGGCUGCAUUCCCCUCUCGACUCGGACCUUAGCGCGUUCUUCCUGCAUCGAUCUGCUCAACCAAGACGCUGUUUAUCACAAUACCCUGCUGCACCAAGCCGUUGAUGAAAUCAAUGACCAUUUCCGCCACCGAUCACUGGUGGCCGUGCUCGACGUCUAUGACACCCUCUUGUCUAUGGUAGACGGCCGGAACAAACUUGGACCAAGGUUCGAGAAUCCACUCAGCCAGUGCUGCGUGGGAACCACGCCGGGAAGCGAUUGCGGCGACACCGAUCACAGUGGGAAACCGAUGUACAGUGUAUGUGAGGAUCCAGGAAGACGGCUUUUCUGGGACCAUGGCCAUCCAACUCAGGUUGCAUGGUCCACCAUUUUCCAAGCUUUCAGCCCUACUCUUCAUCAACUAUUCUCACAGUAACUGCGCCCUUAGUGAAGAAUUCUGAAUCGGAUGGAUUGGCUGCGGUUGGCUGAUUCAAGCAUGAUCUAUCGCAGUAGGUUUCUGGACAAAGCAGAUUUAAUGGGCUUCAUUAGUCUGACUGUCUGAGCUGAAUAUUCAUUAGAUUUUCGGUUUUUCCAAGCUUUACCUAUGUUUCACUUAGAAUAUAGCCUUUGGAUUACAUCUUUUUAGUCUUAUUUUUAUUUGGAAAUCAGGUUAUGAACGAUGGAGAUAAUACAUACUUGAAUCAAUGUUGGAGCCAGAGAUCUUUUACUGAGUGUCCCUCAUA